CCCGCAUUUACACCAUUGACAGUAAUUCCUCUUUCUUCUUCACCUCUUCGUCAUCUUCCUCUGCCUGAUCGAUCCAUGGCCGCCUUAAGCUUCUUCUUCCUAUUUUCCCUUCUUCUUCUUGUUCUCUUUCUCAUGGCGCCCCCAAGCAAUGCAGCUUCCAAUUGGCCCCCCAAUCCUGGGUACUUCCCAAGCUCCAAGUUCAGGUCCAUGGCCUUCUCCCAAGGCUUCCGAAACCUCUGGGGUCCUCAGCACCAGAAACUCCAGAACAGUGCAUUAACCAUCUGGCUUGAUACAACCUCAGGAAGUGGUUUCAAGUCGGUUCGCCCGUUUCGGUCCGGCUAUUUUGGUACUUCCAUCAAGCUCCAGCCCGGUUACACUGCAGGAGUCAUAACAGCUUUUUAUCUUUCGAACAACGAAGCUCAUCCGGGGUACCACGACGAGGUGGACAUCGAAUUCCUCGGAACCACGUUCGGGAAGCCAUACACAUUGCAAACGAACGUCUACGUACGAGGAAGCGGCGACGGAAAAAUCAUCGGCAGAGAGAUGAAGUUCCAUCUCUGGUUCGAUCCCACGAAAAACUUCCACCACUACGCGAUUCUCUGGAGUCCUAAAGAAAUUAUAUUCCUAGUGGAUGAUGUGCCCGUAAGGAGGUAUCCGAGAAAGAGUGCGGCGACAUUUCCACUAAGGCCAAUGUGGGUGUAUGGAUCCAUAUGGGAUGCUUCAUCUUGGGCCACUGAGGAUGGUAAAUACAAGGCUGACUAUAGGUACCAGCCCUUUGUCGGAACGUAUACAAAUUUUAAGGCGACCGGUUGCUCCGCCUACUCGUCGCGGAGGUGCCGCCCGGUCUCCGCCUCGCGGUACCGCUCCGGCGGGCUGAGCAGGAGGCAGUACACGGCCAUGAGGUGGGUGCAGAGCCACUACAUGGUGUAUAACUAUUGCAGGGACCCAAAGAGGGACCAUUCACUCACUCCUGAAUGCUGGCAUUCAAGUUAGAAAGCUACGCAGUGUGAUUUCUGCUAAGGUUUUGGAGAGGAAGUGAAGCUGCUGAUGAGUCAUGACUUUUCUUUUUCUGUUUCUUUUGUUUUUUUUUUUUCUUUUACCAAUUGUGCAAGUUAUAUUUAUUUACAUUGCAAAUUGAUUUGACACUCAU